GGAAGAAUAGUCUGUGCAAAACCUUCCUCCGCUGGGAAUUGCGCAAGAGGUAUUUCAGCUAGGGGCAGGGGUCUGUGUGUGCCUCUUCUCUCCUUUACGUAGCUGAGGCUUAGCUGUAGAUAAGGGUGCACUGUGUGGAACUAGAGCGGAGUUAAUUCAUGCAAAAGAGCACAAGUGGGAGUGCCGAGCAGAGGGAAGAAACCUAAAAUCCUCUCCAACUUUCCCAAUUCCCCGCAGCACUUUGCACUGUGCUCGUGUGAGCUUUUCAGCCCCCGGGGGUACGAAGCGGGGUGAAGCCAGGCAGGUUGUGUGGCAACUCCAUGGCAAAGUGGUAACAAUUCCAAAGGGGAGCAGUAACAAAAUCGAUUUUUCUCCCCUUCAGCUUGGCAGCUGUCCAGGUGCCUGCUUUUGGCACAAUGAAGCGUGGAGCUGGGGGGGGAGGGACUUCGGGGUGAUGUCGGGGGAGAUACAAAGAGACAGGAGUUUAAUCAUUGAACCGAUCACACUGGAUGGAUUUAUUUCUGGACUCAAUUUCCCAGGAACGCCACUGUCUCGCCCUGAGGGAAAUGCCUCAGCUGAAGUUUCUCUAGCUCCAGCUUCGUGAAUAAAGACGUAUCGCUUUGGAGUUACUCAGCAGCAGCUGUCACUACUGAUACAUCCGUCAGCCUCAAGAAAAUGUUUGCCGUCCACUUGCUAGCUUUCCAUUUUACAAAGCUAAAAGAGGAUCAGAUAAAAAAGGUUGACAGGUACCUGUACCACAUGCGUCUCUCCGACGAUGUCCUGCUGGAUGUCAUGGCACGCUUCCGGGCCGAGAUGGCGAAGGGCCUGGGCAGAGACACCAAUUCCACAGCAACGGUGAAAAUGCUGCCGUCCUUUGUGCGCUCCCUUCCUGACGGCUCGGAGAAGGGUGACUUCCUCGCUGUUGACCUGGGCGGCUCCCAGUUCCGUGCUCUCGAGGUGAAGGUGUUUAACGAUGGGAAGCAGAGCAGCCAGCUGGAGAGCAAGUUUUACCCCACACCAAAGGAGGUCAUACAGGGCAGCGGAACCGAGCUCUUCAAUUACGUUGCUGACUGUCUGUUAGACUUCAUGGAGUCCAAAAACCUGCAGCAUAAGAAGUUACCUCUUGGCUUUACGUUUUCUUUUCCGUGCAAACAGACCAAACUGGAAGAGGGGGCUCUCCUUGCCUGGACGAAACACUUCAAGGUCCGAGGAGUGCAGGGCACAGAUGUAGUCAGCUCACUGCGCAAGGCCCUCCAGAAGCACAAGGACAUCGACGUUGAUGUUCUGGCCAUGGUCAAUGACACUGUAGGAACCAUGAUGACUUGCGGCUAUGAUGACCCACGCUGUGAAGUUGGACUCAUAAUUGGGACUGGCACCAACGCAUGCUACAUGGAGGAAAUGAGGCACAUCGAUUUGGUGGAAGGUGAUGAAGGCAGGAUGUGCAUUAACACAGAGUGGGGUGCCUUUGGAGAUGAUGGUGCUUUGGAUGACCUCCGCACAGAGUUUGAUCGGGAGCUCGAUCUGGGAUCUCUCAAUCCUGGAAAACAAUUGUUUGAGAAGAUGAUCAGUAGCCUGUAUUUGGGGGAACUUGUAAGACUCAUUCUUCUAAAAAUGACAAAGGAAGGUCUGCUCUUCAAUGGGAAAGUGUCAACAGCUCUGCUUACUAAGGACAAGAUUGAAAUGAAGCAUGUGUGUGCAAUGGAAAAAUACAAGGAAGGUCUGAGCAACACGAAAGAGAUCCUUACUGAGCUGAACCUGUUUCCUUCUGAAGAGGACUGCAUCGCUGUCCAGCACGUUUGCACCAUCGUUUCCUUCCGCUCGGCCAAUCUCUGUGCCGCUGCCCUAGCAGCCAUACUGACCCGCCUGAGAGAGAACAAAAAGGUGUUAAGGCUGCGAACCACUGUCGGGAUUGAUGGGGGACUCUAUAAAACUCACCCCCAAUACCCCAAACGUCUGCACAAGGUAGUGAGAAGGCUGGUCCCCAACUGUGAUGUUCGGUUCCUCCUCUCUCAGAGCGGCAGUGCAAAGGGGGCCGCCAUGGUUACAGCGGUGGCGUACAGGCUGGCUGCUCAGCGCAAGCAAAUUGAUGCCGUUCUUGCACCGUUCCUGCUGUCCCUGGACACCCUCAGAGAAGUAAAGAACAAAAUGAGGGCUGAGCUGGAAUAUGGGCUCAAGAGAGAGACGCAAGCCAGUGCCACAGUGAAAAUGUUGCCCACGUAUGUUUGUGGGACACCAGAUGGAACAGAGAGUGGAAAGUUCCUUGCCCUUGAUCUUGGUGGGACGAAUUUCAGAGUUCUGCUGGUCAAAAUUAGAAGCGGGAGGAGGAGAUCUGUGCAGAUGUAUAACAAAAUCUUUGCCAUUCCUUUGGAGAUCAUGCAAGGGACAGGGGAAGAGCUCUUUGACCAUAUAGUCCAGUGCAUAGCAGACUUCCUGGAGUAUAUGGGGAUUAAAGGUGCCCGGCUGCCUCUGGGCUUCACCUUCUCCUUCCCAUGCAGGCAAGCGAGCAUUGACAAGGGUACGCUUGUGGGAUGGACAAAAGGUUUUAAGGCAACAGACUGUGAAGGGGAAGAUGUUGUUGAUAUGCUGAGGGAGGCUAUCAGGAGAAGAAAUGAGUUUGACUUGGACAUUGUAGCAGUGGUGAAUGACACUGUUGGGACAAUGAUGACAUGCGGAUACGAGGAUCCAAACUGUGAGAUUGGCCUUAUUGCAGGAACAGGCAGCAAUGUGUGCUACAUGGAGGACAUGAAAAACAUAGAAAUAGUGGAAGGGAACGAAGGAAAAAUGUGCAUUAAUACAGAAUGGGGAGGAUUUGGUGACAAUGGCUGCAUUGACAACAUCAGAACCAAAUAUGAUAAACAAGUAGAUGAAGGCUCGCUAAAUGCAGGGAAACAGAGGUAUGAAAAAAUGACCAGUGGAAUGUACCUAGGUGAAAUAGUGCGGCAAAUUCUGAUCGACUUAACCAAACAAGGACUGCUGUUCAGAGGACAGAUUUCAGAAUCACUCAGGAAAAGAGGCAUAUUUGAAACAAAAUUCCUAUCUCAGAUUGAAAGCGACCGCCUCGCCCUCCUCCAAGUGCGUCGAAUUCUGCAGCAGCUUGGCCUGGACAGCACAUGUGAAGACAGCAUCAUUGUGAAAGAAGUGUGUGGAGCUGUUUCUAGGAGAGCUGCCCAACUCUGUGGGGCAGGACUGGCAGCUAUUGUAGAGAAGAAGAGAGAAAACCGAGGUGUGGAGCACUUGCAAAUUACUGUUGGAGUAGAUGGGACCUUGUACAAGCUCCAUCCGCAUUUUUCUAGGGUCCUACAGGAAACAGUGAGGGAACUGGCACCUCAGUGUGACGUGACAUUCAUGCUCUCUGAAGAUGGGAGUGGGAAGGGAGCUGCCCUCAUUACUGCAGUAGCAAAAAGAUUGCAUAAUAUUGGACGGAAGUAAAAAUGAGAAAUGAAGUCAUUUCAGCACUGCCAGGCGUGUGAUCUAGAGAUUUGCUGAGCGGUGAUUGAAGAUAGCUUUGCCAGACACCAGUACCCAGGUACCUGAUUUUCAGGGAGCAGCUGGUUUUUGACCAGCCAGGAUUGUGGAUUUUUGUCCUUUGGACACCACUUGGACCAGGUGUUUCUGCUCCCCACUGUUAUGUCUCGGCACACUGCAAUCUACUCAGUUCUGUACUUCCUGCAGUGGAAUAAUAAUAUAAUGCAUAUGGAAGAGUCAGACAAACAGAAAAACCCAAACCAAACCAACCAAACAACCAACCAACCAAAAACCCAAAUGUGUCUUUUUACAAUGGCUUAAUUAAGCUACUGUACCACAACAGAAUUUAUCACCAGGUUCUUAGGAUUUGUGUGUUUUUUAGUUUUGACUUGGCCUGUCUCAAGCAACAUUGAUAUCUGGUGUUGCACAUAUCCAGUGGACAUGUUUAUUCAAAGACAUCACAGGUUUUACAGUAAAUCUGCAGGUAAAAUAAGUUAAUGGGCUUUGAUAAGUGAUGCUUUCCCCCCACACCCAGCUGCAUCGGUAUUGUAAUACUUCCGUGAGUACAGGCGACAUGUUUAAUAGAUGAAUGUAAUGAAAAAGAAAUAUGAUUCUACAGAAUAUCAGUUUGUAUCAAAAUAUAUCAGUGCACUUGAAUGCACAUAAACAUAACCAGUGCUGGAUGGACUCUGAUUGUGGCUAUUCUUUUGAUUUUGGGGGAAAAAGAGGGUGUAGAAGCAGCUACAGGGUCUGCUAUGUGCACGUUAGAGCUAUGUAGAGAGUAACAAAUUUGUUCAUCUUCGGGUCAUCAAAAUAGUUUUGUAGAAAGGAAAAAAAAAUCACCUGAAUUUCUGAAAUUCUCCUCUUUGUUUUCCCUCAGCUAUCUACUUGCCCAUUUGAGGGAGGAUAGCUUCCAUUAUGUGGGAGUUUAUCCUUGACUUUCAUUUUCUGUUGCCUGUUGUUCUGCCUGUCUGUACUUUGUUGUAAAUAAAUCUGUGGUGCUGUGAGCCUUUGCUUCUCUGUCUAGUGCCUCUUCUGAGUUGUGGGAAGAACCUGCAGGCAAGUGGGAGCUUUAAAUCUGCGUCUGACAAUAUUCAGCAGCAUUGUUGUUAUUACAAAGGUGGCUUGUGGAUAAGGCCUGUCAAAUUGAAGCCAGAUAUCCCUCUUUCUCUACACUGAUAAAGCACUGUUUUAUUUGGCUGUAGCAUAUCCAAAGGCCUGCAAACACCAGGAAAAAAAAACAUGCUCUUGUGUCACCAGAUGCCCUUCCACUAACUUACCCAUCUCAGAGUAAACUGAAACAAUACAGUACAGAGAAGCAGCAGAUCUGGAGUAUUGCAGUAUCUCCUUUAAUCCUAUCUUCUUGGCUAUUUAAUUCUGCUAAGGCUGGCAGCAGAAAGUGGGGCCAAGAAAUGUGUUUUAAGCCUUAGAUAGGUCAAAAGUAACUAUCGUGUGGGGGAUAAGCAGCUGGACUUAUAUAAUAACCUGUAAUAACGCCAACAGGUUUAAAUUUAGCAAUGGCAAAUGUAAAAUUUGAAGAUACUUUUCCUGGUUUGUAGUUUUUAAAAGCAGUGCAUCAACAGCUCUCCGAGUGUUGGAGCCACAGGAUGGGUAAAAAAUAGUAGCUGGAAGUCAUUUUUGUUUCUGAAGGAGUUUCUCGUGAUGCUGAGCUCCCUGUGCUGAGCAACGGAGAAGAGACAAGUUGUGAACUCACGUGUAAUGUUUUCCUCCUCCUGCCAUGCAGCUUAAUAUGUUCCUUUUUCAUUAUAUUUCAGAGUCCACAGAAUGACGGAAACUGCUUGCUGUGUAGCAGAGGCAAAGUUAUAUGUAGCUGAGUACAGGAAAAAAAAAACACAUCAAGGGUUGGGGCUAUGCAGAGCCUAGAAAUAGUGCUUUUGCACUGGCUGUCUUUCCUCUGGGCAUUCUGCAAUCUUGUACUAGCUUUGUACUUCUGGGUCCUUUUGGGGGCGUGGAUUGUGCUAAUCUACAAAAGUACAUCUGUGGGUGAAAUAUGUCCCUGUACAACUGGAGAGAGGUGACAUGGACUUGCCCUCAUGAUGGACACGUGAGUAUGAUGCAGAGAAUGUAUCACGCUUCUGUUCUAAAGGCAGCUCUGCACAACUGG